AUCUCAUAAUACAAAUCGACUCAGCCAUGACUUGUGCUAGAAUAAUGAAGCUUGUUUUGUCCAUCCUCCUCUUCCAAAUUGUAGGCCUUAGAUCAGCAUUCAGUACCGGUAGUGCCCCUGAACAAUUCGUCUACACUGGCUUCACCGGCAGCAACCUCACCCUAGAUGGCGCAGCCAGAAUCACGUCGACCGGCCUCAUCGAGCUGACCAACGAGACGGCUCGGAUCAAAGGCCACGCAUUUUACCCAUCUCCGCUGCGCUUCCGCCAGUCCCCCCAUGGCACGGUGAAAUCCUUCUCUCUCUCCUUUGUGUUCGGUAUCCUUUCUUCAUAUGGCGACAUAAGGGGCCAUGGCUUUGCUUUCUUCAUUGGCCCAAGCAAUGAUUUCUCUGCUGCUUUCCCAAUCCAAUUUCUGGGCCUUUUCAACGCUACAAACAAUGGCAGUUUGAGCAACCACAUCUUUGCAAUUGAGCUCGACACCAUCCAAAAUACAGAGUUUGGGGACAUUAACAACAAUCAUGUUGGCAUCGACAUUAACAGUCUCAACUCUUUGAACUCCUCUUCAGCUGGCAUCUACAAUGACAAGAAUGGCACGUUCACAAACCUACCCCUCAUUGGAGGUGGGCCAAUCCAAACUUGGGUGGAGUAUGAUGGAAACACGACACAGAUCAAUGUGACCAUAGCUCCUCUUGGCCUGGAAAAACCUGUGAGGCCACUCCUCUCUCUAUCCUUCAACCUCUCAACAGUACUGACAGAGCAAGCAUACAUUGGCUUCUCAUCUUCAACAGGCUUAAGCACAGGGCAUCACUGUGUGCUUGGCUGGAGUUUUGGCAUGAAUAGUCCUGCUCCGAUCAUCAACUCAACUAAACUACCCAAACUACCUUAUCUUGGUCCAAGGCCUCAAUCUAAACUCUUAGAGAUCCUUCUACCAAUAGUAUCUGCACUGUUGGUAUUAGUUGCUGGUACUACAGUUGUUAUACUCGUGAGGAGACAUUUUAGGUAUAAGGAGGUACGUGAAGAUUGGGAAGUGGAGUAUGGUCCACACCGAUUCACUUACAAGGAUUUAUAUCAUGCCACCAAAGGAUUUAAUCACAAGCACUUGAUAGGCGUAGGUGGGUUUGGAAGGGUGUACAAAGGAGUGCUUCCCACAUCAAAAUCAGAGGUUGCAAUAAAGACGGUAUCGUAUAACUCUAAGCAGGGCAUAAAACAAUUCAUCGCUGAAGUUGUAAGCAUUGGGCAUCUUCAACACCGUAAUGUUGUGCAAUUACUUGGGUAUUGUAGGCGAAAAGGUGAAUUACUUCUAGUGUAUGACUAUAUGGUAAAUGGAAGUCUUGACAAGUACUUGUAUGGUGAAGAGGGCAAGACCACUUUAGAUUGGGGACAAAGGUUUCAGAUUAUGAAAGACAUUGCAUCAGGCUUGCUCUACCUCCAUGAGGAAUGGGACAAAGUUGUGAUCCAUCGUGAUGUCAAGCCAAACAAUGUGCUUCUUGACAAAGAGAUGAAUGGACGACUAGGAGAUUUUGGCCUCGCGAGGCUGUAUGAUCAUGGCACCGACCCACAAACCACACAUGUUGUUGGCACAAUAGGAUACCUAGCUCCAGAGCUCGUACACAGAGGCAAGGCAACCACUCUUACCGAUGUAUUUGCCUUGGGUGUCUUCAUUCUUGAGGUUACCUGUGGAAAAAAGGCUAUCAAUGAAGACGCCCAAGGCAACCAGCUCAUGUUGGUGGAUUGGGUACUUCAGAAUUGGCAUAAAGAUUCACUCCUUGAUACAAUGGAUACCAAACUCCAAGUAUCUCGAUGGUGAUGUGCCACUGCCAGAGCUACUGCCGGCACAGUUCAGCUUUCAAAUGUUGGCCUUAAUGAAGAAUGAAGGUCGCCUCGACUCGUCCACAGUGUCAUUGUACCCAUCACCAACGACGAUGAGCUUUGGUACAAUAUCUAACUUAUCACUA